AUGGACUACACCCCGUACGCCAUCCAGCACAUCAACCUCUCGGUGCCCGAGGGCACCCUGCCCGCCGCCGAGGAGUUUUACGGCAACGUCCUGGGCUUCUACAACGACCCCGUCCCCGCGCUCCAGAGGGAUGUCCUGCGAUGGUUCAGCGUCGGCACGACCGGUCAACAAGUACACAUCUCCUUUGGCCCCGUCGACACUGCCGGCCGCAACCACCCUUGCUUCUCCCUCAAGACGCCCGAGGCCCUGCUGGCCCUCCAGAAGCGGAUAUUCGAGCACAAGGCCACGGGCGUGCUCGGCGCCGCGACCGACUGCGAUGCCCCCGGCGCCGAGAACUCGGGCGCAAAGGGUGUCGAGUACCCGUCGCGUUUCUUUGCGCGCGACUAUGCUGGCAACAGGCUCGAGUUUGCUGUUUCCGCGUAA